AUGGCUCUCAGCAGCCACGCCUGGGCCCGGGGCCAGUGCCUCUCCUCAGAGACCUACCUGCCCAAACUCCUCGAGGCGCUGGGGAGCCUGCGCUCGCAGGAGGCCCUGUGCGACGUGACGCUGGAGGCCGGGGGCGGCUCGUUCCCUGCACACAAGGCCAUCCUGGCCGCGGCCAGCAGCUACUGCAAGGUGCGCUUCAUGAGGGACGCCGCAAGCCGCUGCGCCCGCCUCAAGCUGGCCUCGGUCACAGCCCGGGGCCUGCAGAACGUCCUGGCGUUCGUUUACUCCAACCAAUUGGAGCUGACUCUCCAGACAGUGGAGGAGACCUUCAAGGCGGCAGAGGCGCUGCUGGUGCGCGAGGUCAUGAGCCUGUGCUUCCGGUUCCUGGAGGAGGGCUUGAACCGCCACACCUGCCUGGACGUCCUCAACCUGGCAAAGCGGCUCGGCCCGGAAGACUUGAAGCAGAAAGCCAUGCGCUGCGUGAGCAGGCACUGCUGCGAGAUCCUGGCGGAUCCGUCGCUGCUGAAAGGGCUGGAUAGGGCUACUCUGUGCGAGGUCUUAGACAGCGCGGACAUCGAAGAGCUCAGCGAGCUAGAGCUGUUCCAGGCGGCCAUGCGCUGGGUGCGCUACAACGGUGCGCCCCUGAACCACGCGGCCGAUAUUUUCAAGCGGAUCCGGUUCCCCCUCAUACCUCUCUGUGAUCUGCAGAGGUUCGUCCUGGAGGUUCCUGUCAUGAAGACGGAGCCGGCUUGUCGGCGCCACUUGCAGGAGGCCUUCCAUUACCACUCGCAGUUGUACGCCCAGCCGGUUCUGCAGAGCGAGCGCACGAUGGUCCGCGCAGGCACCAACGCUCUGCUCAUUAUUGGCGGCCGGUCGGCAGACAACGCCAUCUGCGGCCACGUGUGGGCCACAGACCAGAGCUGCCGAACGUGGAAAAACAUCGGAAAACUCCACGGGCCUGUGUACAACCACUGUGUCGCUGUGAUCCACAACUUCGUCUUUGUGAUGGGAGGCCAGGACAGGUUUGACCCGUCAGGACAAUGCCCGUCCAACAAGGUCUUCAGGUUCGACCCUCGCCACGACAUGUGGCUCCAGGUGGCGAGCAUGCUGGCGCGGCGGACCCGCUUCCACGCGGCGGCCCUGAACGACCGCCUGGUGGCCGUGGGGGGAGGAGCGCUGCUUGGGGCGCUCACCGACACGGCGGAGGAAUACCACCCCGCCGAGAACGAAUGGCGGCCCAUUGCGCCCUUCCCCAUGCCUGUGGCCGACCACGCGGGGGCCACCCACAAGGGGAUCCUCUACGUGUCAGGGGGUUUCGCUGAAGGUAAAACUUUACGGGACACGUACAGCUACCUCUCCCGCCUGCGCCGGUGGAUCAGGAACCGGCCGAUGAGCUUUGCCCGGUGCGACCAUGGGAUGGCAACGGUUGGAGACAGAAUCUUCUGCAUUGGAGGAAGGGCCCAGACACAGGCCGAGGAGUGGGCCCCCGUGAACGAGGCGGAGUACUACUGCCCCGUCACCGACCAGUGGACGCUGCUCAGCCUCUCGGCCUUUGACCUCUGCCAGUUCGGCCUUGCAGAGCACCAGCUGCAGCUCUACAUCACGGGCGGCGGGUCGCUGCGACGGCGGAGCAAAGAGGACGGGGUGUUUGUCUGCAAGCCUGGCGGGAAAGCCUGGGAGAAGGCCGGCUCCUUGCCCACGGCUCUGGCGGACCACGCCUGCUGCUUUGUGCGGCUGCCACGGCGGAUCACGGGGGGGCGGCGGCAGGACGGAGAAGGGCCCUCGGCUCCCGGUCGGAAGAAAUCCACCCUCAACCUCUUCGUCACCAACAAGUACAGCCCCCAGCCAGCUCCUUAG